UUGGUGAGAGGUUCUUGUAAGCUCUGAUUGUGUGAGUGACAGCGCUGAGGGCUACGGUUGAGGAUGAGGCAACGUACUUGAGCAUGAUGGCUGAUGUGAUGAUGAGAGAAUGAAGACGAGAAUAGCCAGUCACAUGACCUGCCUGUCUCUUGAGGCCUAAGAGAUGCGAUGAGGCGUAUCGCAAUGAAUCGGCGGAUGAGAACUGGAUGAAAAUAGACUGAGGUUGAUGUUUGAUGCGGAAAAGAAUGUGAUAGGUUUACCGUGGGGCGUGGCAGUAGCUCAGCUCCGAGGUUCAAGGAGCUGAACUCUGUUGAUAUUGGAUCUUGACAUGAACAUACAAUACACAAAGAGCGAUAUAACAAACCAUUGAUACUCACACACGAACAUACAAAACAACACCAAAGUUUACUCGGAGGAACAAACCAUGGAGCAUCACGAGCCAGUCGCAUCGUCAUCGUCAUCGCAGCCCCGCCUUACACAUCUCCCAUACGAGCUCAUCAACAACAUCGCCAUCUUUUUACCAAGAGAAGAUUUCAAAAACUUCAGACUUUCAUGCCAAACGAUUGUAGGAUGUACAAAACCACUCCUUGCGUUACCUCAUUUCGAUGGCGUCCCAUGGAGGAAAGAUGGUAAACGACUUCACCAUCUUUCCCUUAUACCGAACUGCGCAAGGCGCAUCCGCUCUAUCAAGUUCAACAUGGCUCGCUUAGUCGAGGGAGAAGUCGAAUACGCUACAUCUCGAAUCAUCAACGCAGAUGAGCUCCAUAGAGCGUGGGGCCCUUAUCUCGAGACUCAAGAUGUAUUCCUCGACCCAAUCGAGCUGCCUCUUGACUUGGUAGUUCCAGCUAUCAUGAGGCUACCCAAUCUUGAUACCGUGUGCUUGACUUGGACGCAGUGUCCUUGGCAAGACUAUAGGGCAAUUGACGAUGUCUUUAGCGAGGAAGAGUCUAUGGAAUUAGCUGGCGAUGAAAUGCUAGAGUCACAGCAAGCGAUCCUGGAUGCCCUCCUCAGACGCAACGUACCACUCAAGAGUCUAACAAUCGAGCCGAUAAUGCACCCGGAUCUGGUAUUAUCAUCUAAACUGGACGAAAAAGUAUCAACAGUCUUUGGGUCGGUGACCCAGCUACACUUGCAUCUGAAAUACGACGUCAUCUCCUUCAAACCAGACCGCCUAGAUUACUUCAUCUCUUUGAUGCCCAAUAUCCGAGACCUAAAAGUCCACAACACUCCUGUCGAAUUCGAAGCUAGCGAUGUUGGCUUCUACAUCACCAAAAGGCUUCCUCACCUCGAGAAGAUUGACCUGAGCUGUCUACACAUUAGUUUUGUGCACUUUGCCCGCCUGAUCAUUGAACACGGUCCAACGCUAAAAGAGGUUGACCUGCAGAGUAUAUAUGGAUGGUGCGAUCCUUUCAGUUCCACUGAGAUCGAUUGGGAUUUUAUCUUCAAGCUUAUGAAGGAGAAACUAGAGGUGUUGGAUACGGUUCGAAUCAAUGGGCGGUUUAGUGACAAUGUGGGCUGGUAUCAGAUCUUCUUUCGUAAUGAUGUGCCUGCGGUGGACACAAUUGUUAGGGUUAUGGGAGAGAAGAGUGGAAGGCUUGAGAAGUAUAUACUGGAGGGAGGGGAGUAUCCUCAGCCGUUAUGGAGGAUCUAAGGGGUAGGUUGUGCAUGAUCGAAGGGGCUCUUGGCAUGGGACAAUAUUGGAAGGUAAUGAAUUAUGAUGUCAAGGAACUUUAAUUUGUAGUUACUUGAUGAAUCACGAGCAGUAUCUGCAUAAUGAUAUUGAUAUGGAGCGAACAUUGGGCCACUAUCCUUAGGGAGAUAUAGGGAUGCAUAUAAUUACAAGCUUUAUCUACAGCAACUAUAAUCAUUACAUAUUUUUCUUUCUUCUUG